GCUUCCAGCGUGUGGCGGGGCCUUUGUCUCCCGCACCCGCCAGAAGUUGGGAUCCGUCUCUGCUGUUCCGCUCUUCCUUGUCGGUAUCCCCUUCCCCGCCCCUUGACUUUGUCACAGCUUCCGUUGCCCUGUGAUCUGCAGGUCCUGGGAGACGCAAAGCUAAGAUGCCAGGACAUUCUGGAAGCUGGGAAAUGAAUGGGAACCUCUGUGGGAUUGUUACUUCAUCACUGGACCUUCCUGCCGUUGUGAUUGUGACAUACUCCUUUGUCCAGCACCUGAGUGAUUUCAGUUUCCUGCCUGGUCCCAUCCCAAAGGGACCAUUGACAUUUAUGGAUGUGGCCAUAGAAUUCUGUCUGGAGGAGUGGCAAUGCCUGGACACUGCACAGCAGAAUUUAUAUAGGAAUGUGAUGUUAGAGAACUACAGAAACCUGGUCUUCCUGGGUAUUGCUGUCUCUAAACCAGACCUGAUCACCUGUCUGGAGCAAGAAAAAGAACCUUGGAAUAUGAAGAGACAUGAGAUGGUUGCCAAAUCCUCAGUUAUGUGUUCUCAUUUUGCCCACGACUUUUGGCCAGAGCAACAUCUAAAAGAUCCUUUCCAAAAAGUGACACUGAGAAGAUAUAAAAAUGGUGAACAUAAAAAUUUACAUUUAAAAAAAGACUGUAAAAGUAUGGAUGAGUGUAAGGUGCACAGAGAAGGUUGUAAUGGAUUUAACCAAUGUUUGCCACCUACCCAGAGAAAAACAUUUCUAUUUGAUAAAUGUGUGAAAGCCUUUCAUAAAUUUUCAAAUUCAAAUAGACAUAAGAUAAGCCAUACUGAAAAAAAGCUUUUCAAAUGUAAAGAAUGUGGCAAAUCAUUCUGCAUGCUUUCACAUCUAACUCAACAUAAAAUAAUUCAUACCAGAGUGAAUUUCUGCAAAUGUGAAAAAUGUGGAAAAGCCUUUAAGUGGCCUUCAAUCAUCGCUAAACAUAAGAGAAUUUGUAGUGCAGAGAAACCCUUCACAUGUGAUAAAUGUGGAAAAGCCUUGAAUGGGUCCUCACGCCUUACUAUACAUAAAAAGAUUGAUACUGGACACAAACUCUACAAAUGUGAAGAAUGUGGCAAAGCCUUUAAUUGGCCCUCAACUCUUACUAAGCAUAAGAGAAUUCAUACUGGAGAGAAACCCUACACAUGUGAAGAAUGUGGCAAAGCCUUUAACCAGUUCUCAAACCUUACUACACAUAAGAGAAUCCAUACUGCAGAGAAAUUCUACAAAUGUACAGAAUGUGAUGAAGCUUUUAGCCGGUCCUCAAACCUUACUAAACAUAAGAAAAUUCAUACUGAAAAGAAACCUUACAAAUGUGAAGAAUGUGGCAAAGCUUUUAAGUGGUCCUCAAAGCUUACUGAACAUAAGUUAACUCAUACUGGAGAGAAACCCUACAAAUGUGAAGAAUGUGGCAAAGCCUUUAACUGGCCCUCAACCCUUACUAAACAUAACAGAAUUCAUACUGGAGAGAAACCCUACAAAUGUGAAGAAUGUGGCAAGGCCUUUAAUCAGUUCUCAAACCUUACUACACAUAAAAGAAUUCAUACUGCAGAGAAACCCUACAAAUGUGAAGAAUGUGGCAAAGCUUUUAGCCGGUCCUCAAACCUUAGUAAACAUAAGAAAAUUCACAUUGAAAAGAAACCCUACAAAUGUGAAGAAUGUGGCAAAGCUUUUAAGUGGUCCUCAAAGCUUACUGAACAUAAGAUAACUCAUACUGGGGAGAAACCCUACAAAUGUGAAGAAUGUGGCAAAGCUUUUAACCAUUUCUCAAUUCUUACCAAACAUAAGAGAAUUCAUACUGGAGAGAAACCCUACAAGUGUGAAGAAUGUGGCAAAGCUUUUACCCAGUCCUCAAACCUAACUACACAUAAGAAAAUUCAUACUGGAGAGAAAUUAUACAAAUGUGAAGAAUGUGGCAAAGCUUUUACGCAAUCUUCAAACCUUACUACACAUAAAAAAAUUCAUACUGGAGGAAAACCCUACAAAUGUGAAGAAUGUGGCAAAGCUUUUAACCAGUUCUCAACUCUUAGUAAACAUAAGAUAAUUCACACUGAAGAGAAACCCUACAAAUGUGAAAAAUGUGGCAAAGCCUUUAAAUGGUCCUCAACCCUUACUAAACAUAAGAAGAUUCAUACUGGAGAGAAACCCUACAAAUGUGAAGAAUGUGGGAAAGCUUUUAAACUAUCCUCAACCCUUUCUACACAUAAGAUUAUUCAUACUGGAGAGAAACCCUUCAAAUGUGAAAAAUGUGGUAAAGCUUUUAACCGAUCAUCAAACCUUAUUGAACAUAAGAAAAUUCAUACUGGAGACCAACCCUACAAAUGCGAACAGUGUGGCAAAGCAUUUAACUAUUCCUCACACCUUAAUACGCAUAAGAGAAUUCAUACUAAAGAGCAACCCUACAAAUGUAAAGAAUGUGGCAAAGCUUUCAACCAAUAUUCAAACCUUACUACACAUAAAAUAAUUCAUACUGGAGAGAAACCGUACAAGUGUGAAGAAUGUGGCAAAACUUUUAAGCGUUCUUCAGACCUUACUAAACAUAAGAUAAUUUAUACUAGAGACCAAUCCUACAAAUUUGAAGAAUGUGGCAAAACUUUUAACCAGUCCGCAAGUCUCACUACUCAUAAGAUCAUUCAUACUGGAGUGAAACUGUACAAGUGUGAAAAAUGUGGCAAAGCUUUUACCCGAUCCUCAACCCUUACUGUGCAUAAGAGAGUUCAUACUGGAGAGAAACCCUACAAAUGUGAAGAAUGUGGCAAAGCUUUUAGCCAAUCCUCCACCCUUACUAUACAUAAAAUAAUUCAUAAUGGAGAGAAACCGUACAAGUGUGAAGAAUGUGGCAAAGCUUUUUACAGAUUCUCCAUCCUUACUAUACAUAAGAUAAUUCAUACUGGAAAGAAACUGUACAAGUGUGAAGAAUGUGGCAAAGCUUUUAAGAGUUCUUCAGACCUUACUAGACAUAAGAUGAUUUAUACUAGAGACCAAUCCUACCAAUUUGAAGAACAUGGCAAAACUUUUAACCAGUCUGCAACUCUCACUACUCAUAAGAUUAUUCAUACUAGAGUGAAACCUUACAAGUGUGAAAAAUGUGGCAAAGCUUUUAACCAGUCCUCAUGUCUUCAUAUCCAUAAGAGAAUUCAUACUGGAGAGAAACCCUACAAGUGUGAAGAAUGUGGCAAACCGUUUACGUACCAGUCAAGGCUUACUAGUCAUAAGAAAAUACAUACUGGUGCAAAACCCUACAAAUGUGAAGAGUGUGGCAAGGCUUUUAACCAAUCCUCAGCCCUUACUGUGCAUAAGAUAAUUCAUACUGGAGAGAAACCCUACAAAUGUGAAGAAUGUGGCAAACUCUUUAUGUACCAGUCAAGCUUUGCAAGUCAUAAGAAAAUACAUACUGGAAAGAAACCCUACAAAUGUGAAAAAUGUGGCAAAGCCUUUACCCACUCUUCACACCUUGCUAAACAUAAGAAAGUUCAUACUGGAGAGAAACCCUACAGAUGUAAAUGUGAAAAGUGUGGCAAAGCUUUUAACCGGUCCUCAACUCUUACUAGACAUGAUAAAAUUCAUACUGGAGAGGAGCCCUACAAAUGUAAAGAAUGUGGCAAAGCUUUUAAUUGAUCCUCAACUCUUACUAUGCAUAUGAUAAUUCAUACUGGAGAGAAACAUUACAAAUGUGAAAAAUGUGCCAAAGCCUCUAACAAGUCCUCAAACCACACUACACAUAAGAAAAUUCAUAAGAGAAAAUCUACAAAUCUUGUAAUCCCAGCACUUUGGGAGGCCGAGGCGGGUGAAUCACAAGGUCAAGAGACCAAGACCAUCCUGGUCAACAUGGUGAAACCCCGUCUCUACUAAAGAUACAAAAAAUUAGCUGGGCAUGGUGGCGCGUGCCUGUAAUCCCAGCUACUCAGGAGGCUGAGGCAAG